AGUAUAAGCCAUGGAAAAAUAACAUUAAAAUACAUAUUCUAAAAAGUCCUUUGUUCCUUAUAUAAUACAUCAGAAGUUAGUAACCAAGUUUGUUCACUUUUCCUUUCCCAUCCACCGAAGAAAGAAGCAAGCUUCACAAUGAGCUCCAACGAAAGAGAUACUCGCUGGUUCAACUCCGACCACCACUCGUUCUGGCCCAAUCCUUCUAACUACGAUCUUAACAGCAAGAUCAUGCUUGCAGCCAUAGCUUCUUUAUCCGGAGUUAUUCUUAUCGUCUUUGCUCUUCAUCUUUACGCAAGAUUCGUUCUUCGCCGCCGUAGAGAAGCUUUCCGUGGACUCCCCGUCAUAUUCCGCCACCCUUUUGAGAUUCCCAAGCGUGGCCUCAAUCCCACUGUCAUAGCUUCUCUCCCUACUUUCACCGUCGGAGCCGUCAAUGACGUGGCUACGUCCGCUACUGAAUGCGCAGUGUGUUUAAGCGUGUUAGAGGAGCAAGACACGGCUAGAGAAUUGCCCAACUGCAAGCACAUAUUCCACGUCGACUGUGUUGACAGGUGGCUCUCCACUUGCUCCACUUGCCCUGUUUGUCGGACUGAAGUUGAGCCAAGGCCGAGACUUGAGCCUGAGCCAAGGGAAGGACCAAUCAGUACUGCACCGCCAUUGUUGGAGGAAGCCAGGCUGAAUUUGACGGUGGAAGCAGCACCCUCUUCUUCCUCGGGAAACAAAACAGUUGUGUCCCCUGUUUCGCGACUAGAUUCGUUUAAGAGGAUCUUGACAAGGGAAAGAUCUUCGAACAGGAUCAAUCAUACUUGUGUUGACCAAGAUCGUGUAGCGGAUCUUGAGAGACAUUGAGUCGACAUAGAGAUACAUAUAAUGCAUAUAAAUUAUACAUUCACUAGAAAUCUUUAAUUAUACCCUCCUUUCUUUUGUUACUAAAUCAUUCUCUGUUUUUAUUUUUUGGAUAGUUUUGUGUAAUGGAACACUAUAUAUAUGUUAGUCAAAAGAUACAUCAUGAUA